AUGCACUCGUCUACAGACUGGUAUAAUCCAAAUAACAGAAAUUUGGUUGGAGAGGGGGGGUCCCCGCCAGUCGAACAAAUAGGAGUAUCCGAUACAAGUGGGACAACGGUGACCCCAUGCUUAUUGGAAGCGUGGAGAGAAGAAAUGGUGUUUUGGAAGAAUCAUGACACUUGUCGUAGAAUGUUUAAUUGGGUACGAGAAGUGCUUGGAAGCCUUGACGAGAGUUUCCUUAGGAAAAUCUUCAACAAGCUCCUCCAUGACGGUGAGCUUGUCAAUGAUCACGUCCGCAUAUAUUUACACAUGAAUGGCUACAGCGUAGCAGGACGAGAUAUUAUCGAUAUUCCAUACUGGAUGCAUGCCGCUUUCCUCCAAGUUAUACAUCUAAUAUACCUAGACGAUGACAUUAUGCUGUCUGAAUCUAUUGAAGAACUAACGUGGCCGCGUAUACAGCACAAAAAUGCAAAGAACAUUACAAUUAUGCUAAAUAUGUUCUUUGAGUUCGUAACAGAAAGACCAUUUUUAAUGAGGGAAUUUCCUAUGAAUAAUUGGGGAAAUAAUGUUGAGUAUGUUGACGGUGCUGAAAUUUCCACUGAUUGUUUUGAUAAAAGUGCUAAAGUACUUUCCCAAAUGGGUGUCGGCGAGAGCUGUGAAGAAAAAAAGGAUCAUCCGAAUGAAGGCGCAGCAAAUCCGAUUAACGAAGUGGAUUCUGCCCCUUCAAUUGAUCAUACCGAUCGCUCAGAAAAUGAAGAUAAUCAUACCAAAGAUAUUUGCAAUGAUACUGAGCAAUCUAAUUCUGUCAGGAUUUUCUCCAGCACGACUCUACCUUCAAGCGUUGACGCCUCCGUAGAUCAUCAUCAGAAUAACGAAGGCUCAACAAAUCUAACCGAUGAAAAGGGAGAUGAACUCGCUCGCCUAACAGAUAUCACCAACUGUUCGGCCGAGAAUUCAAUUGCAAAAACGGAUAAUCAAUCCAUUCCUCUUCCAUCCUUGAUGGAUUCACAUCCAGCUUGGAAUAGUAUAGUAUUCAAAUCUUCCCUGCACAAGUCAGCAAAGUUGAAAGUGACAGUCGAGGAGAAAGCACAAUUCAACACAAAUGUAUUUAAUGAUUUUUUUGGAGUAACUCAGGGACGCAAUUCAUUAAAUUCAAGUAAGAAGGAAUCACCAAAAGUCAGAAAUGGCAUCUUUUUUGGGCUCACUGUCUAUUUUACAGAUGAUGCAGCUUCACAUGCUGGUCAAAGUAUAAAGGCAAUUGUUGCAAACAACGGAGGCAAAGUUUACUCCAAAUUAAGGAGAACAGCAACUCAUAUGGUGACGAAGUUACCGGUCCCUUGGUAUAAGAUUGAGAACUUGCGGCGCAACACAAACUGCCGUGUCGUCAAUCCCGAAUGGGUUUUAGAAUGCGUGCGAGUUGGCCGACGUGUUUGUGAAAGUGCAUUUAACAUGGUUGGGCCUCAACCAGAACAACAAACAAUUCAGAGUUUUAUAAAUAGAGGUAUCAAUGCCCAAAUAAGUUUUGAUGACGACCUUGCUAAUACAAGGAGGAAAGGAAGAGAAUUCGAUGAAAUUUUUGAUGAAUUUGAAGGUAAAAACAAGAGGUAUAGGAUCAACUCUUAUGUUGCCCCCGAUGAUUAUGACACUUCGAACAUCCAAGGUCCUGUUUUCGUUCAAGAAUGGCACAAAGAAGUAAAUGUUGACGUUGAUGAAAUGAGCAUAUUAUCAGAAAGUACGAGAAUUUCCGAUUUAUAA